AUGGCUCCGACGGCGUCGGCCUUCGACCAUGUGAAGGACAUGCACGACUCCUCUCUCAAGCCUCGCUUGCUUCAGUCUCUCAUCAGAGACCAUCUCCCCGACGAUAACCUCCCCUCCCGGUCCUCACUCGACCUCUCCAACCUCGUCUACUUGCUCAAAACCCACAGCCUCCUCUCCGAGUCCGUCCCCGAUCCGACGGACCACAAGCUCAUCGCUCCCUGGAGAUCCGCCGUUGAUUCCUGGCUCGACCGCUUGUUCCUCCUCCUUUCCAGCGACAUGCCAGAUAAAUGCUGGGGAGGAAUUUGUUUGCUAGGGGUGACUUGUCAGGAAUGCAGCUCUGAUCGUUUCUUGGCAUCAUAUUCUGUUUGGUACCAGAAGCUUCUCUCACCUCUUCAGUCUCCAUCAACAUCUCAAUUCAUGAAGGUGGCCUCUUGUGCUUCAAUGUCAGAUCUCUUUACAAGAUUGGGCGGAUUUCCAAUUGUUAAGAAAGAUGGAACUGCCCAUGCUGGGAAACUCAUUCCAUCAGUUUUGAAGUUGUUGGAUGAUGAUCACUCGGAGGUUGUUUGGGAAGAAGUGCUUCGAUUGCUUUGCAUAUUCAUAUCUUUCUUUCCUGUGUCCGUCAGUCGUCAUUAUGACAGUGUUGAAGAUGCUAUUGCUUCAAAAAUUCUGUCCGGAAAAUGUAGUUUCAAUAUGCUGAAGAAACUAGCUCACUGCCUGGCAGUACUACCAAAAUCGAAAGGGGAUGAAGAAAGCUGGUCAUUAAUGAUUCAGAAGGUUUUAUUGUCUAUUAAUCGUCAUCUGAAUGAUGUUUUCCAGGGUUUUGAGGAAGAAACGAAACGUCGUGAAGGUAUUAGACUUUUGGUCCUACCUGAAAAAGAUCCCCCUUCCCCUUUAGGGGGAAAUACAUUAACGGGAGAAGCCUCAGAGGAGGCAAGAAAGAGGUCUCAUAGUUCACUAGUCUCCAGUGUAUCUGCUCUCAUAAUAUGCUGCUCUACAAUGCUAACCAGUUCAUACCCUGUCCAGGUGCCUGCUCCUGUUCACUCCUUAUUAGCUCUUAUUGAGAGAGUGAUGGAUGUGGACGGCUCCUUGUCACACUCGCUGCGGCUCUUUAUGACUGCCAUGCAACAAGAGUUCGUUUGUUCGGAACUUCCACGUUUGCAUUCGUAUAGUUUGGACCUCCUCACUGCAAUCUUUAAGGGUGUGCGGAGUCAAAUUUUACCGCAUGAUGCACAUAUAGUGCGUUUGCUUUCAGUGUACUUAAAGAGAUGUGUCUUGCCAGAACUGAGAGUUAAGGUCUACUCAAUCACAAGAAUUUUGCUGAUAUCCACCGGUGUUGGAGUGGCAGUAAGCCUUGCUCAGGAAGUUGUGAACAGUACUUCGGUUGAUUUAAAUCCCAUUGUUAUGGAGAGUAGUGCCAGCGUGAAACCCUCCGAAGCAUUGCUCCAAACACCACAAUCUAGCAAUAGAAAGAGGAAGCAUGGAACUUUGACAUCUCUCGAGAUGCAUAACUCAAGUAAUUUGGAGGUGGGAACCACCAAGAACCAUACAAGAUGUUCAAUGGCUGUGCAAGUAGCGGCACUUGAGGCAUUAGAAGCUCUUCUGACUGUGGAUGGUGUAUUUAAAUCUGAAGGAUGGCGAUCAAAUGUUGAUCUUCUUCUGAUAAACAUAGCUACAAAUUCUCUAAAAGGGGGACUUGCUGGUGAGAACGCAAGCAUUUAUCAGCCAAAUGAACCUACUGAUGUUUGUAGUGAUAUACAGCUUGCAGCACUACGUGCACUUUUGGCAUCUUUCUUGUCUUCAUCUCGUGUUCGGCCCCUAUAUUUAGCUCAGGGUGUUGAUCUUUUCCGUAGAGGCAAGCUUGAAAGUGGUACCAAACUUGCUGAAUUUUGUGCUCAUGCUCUCUUAGUCUUAGAGGUGCUUAUACAUCCCAGGGCCCUCCCACUGGCAGAUUUCUCAAACUCGACCAGCAAUGAUGAAAGAGCUCACCACGACUACCAAGGAAAUUUCUACUCUGGUAAUCUAAAGCACGGAACCUCAUAUUCAACUAACAUUCAUGGAACGGCAGAUAUUGCUCCUGAUUUAUAUCGUGACGAGCUGUACUCGAGCUGGAUUGAAACCAGUAAAAAAGUGGAAGCACCAGGGAACAACCUAGGCAAGACUAUGCAGACCGGAGAACCAUCCAAAAUUCCCGCAGUUCAAGGCAAUCAAAUUCUUUCCGCAGAUGCUUCAUUAGGCAAAGAAAAUGUAGCCAGAAGGGAACAGGAGAUUGUAGCAGCAAACAUCGAGGAUGUGGAGAUUAGAGAAAAUGGAGAUGAAACUUUUGAACUUCAUGAACAAAUUUUUGGUAGGGCAAUGGAAAAUGAUCCAUCGUAUCCAGCAGAUACCAAUAUCUCAGUUGCUGAGAACAGCAAGGGAUUUGGAAUUGGGAUGAUUAUUGAUUCGGAUACAGACUCAAUUCCUGAUAUUGUGGACAUCGGUCCGGAUUCUGAUUCUGAAUGAUGCUGAUACCAGAAUUACAGUAAUUUUCAUUAUAUUUUGUUGAAAUUUCUUGUCAUUUUUUCCGUCUUACUUUACCAUAUUUCACCUAUUUUAAGAAGAAAAAGAAGUAAAUUAUCUUGUUGAUUUACCUACAUAAAUUGGUGAACAGACUACAUUAUUUGCUUUGCUCUGCG